CUGCGGCCGUACCGGACCAACCAGUGGCGUGUUGCUAUGUGCUGAGCCGAUGGGAUAGGCGCGGGGGCGCGUCUGUCAUCCGGCAAGCCCCCAGCCCGGAUUCGGAGGGAUGCGGAGCGGCAGUGGCGGCGGCGGUGGCGGAGACUGUAGCUUUAAGAGCGCGCAGGGAGCGCUGGAGUCAGCCGUGCAGUCCUUCAUCGCCAAGCACUCUGGAGCAGUCGAGCCUGGCGCUGGCCGGACCGGGCAGCCUACCUCCAGGCUGCUGAGAACCAGCUCUAGAUCUCUACUAGAGAGUCCUUCUUCUGAAGACGUCACCAGUGUGUGGAGCCUGCCGCACACCCACCCCCUGCCAAACCACGGCCUUUACCUGUGUCUUUCGGUGUUUCCCGUGCGACCCAUCCUGUGGGAGUGCCUCGUGGGCUGCCCCGGAGUUCGCCCCACGCUCAGCAGCGCCAAUGGUGAAGAUGACAAGAUCCAAGACUUUCCAGGCAUACCUACCCUCCUGCCACCGAACCUAUAGCUGCAUUCACUGCCGAGCCCACUUGGCCAAUCAUGACGAACUCAUUUCCAAGUCCUUCCAGGGAAGUCAAGGGCGAGCCUACCUCUUCAACUCAGUAGUUAAUGUGGGCUGUGGGCCUGCAGAAGAGCGGGUGUUGCUAACAGGACUACAUGCUGUCGCAGACAUUUACUGUGAAAACUGCAAAACCACUUUGGGCUGGAAAUAUGAACAUGCUUUUGAAAGCAGUCAGAAAUAUAAAGAAGGCAAAUACAUCAUUGAACUAGCACACAUGAUCAAGGACAAUGGCUGGGAUUGACCUGAUAGCAUCCAUCCAUCCGGUCCAGCAUCCACGUGAAUGCCACCCAACUGAACAUUCUACCCAAGCGUGAGAGAGUGACUGAACACAGUUCCAUCUACUUAGGGGCCUUGCCAUCAGGGGGCAUCCUCCCACCCUGACGCCAUCAUUUUGAUGACUGGCCUCUAAAUCACUGUCUCUCUGUCUCUUUGCUUUGUAUCUGUUUGUGAGUUGAUCUUGGCUUCUCUGUUCUAGUGUUGGCUGAAAACCAGUUAUGAGUGGACCGGACCCUUGGCUGCGUAGUGGCAGCCCGACUUGAAAAGGGGGCCCCGCCCACAUGACAACUACCUAAUGGCCUGUCAGAACAGUGGCACGUGGGCAUGAGGAACAGAAAAGGGGAACCCGAGAGUCCUGGGAUUAGGGAAGGGGCAGGAGGGUGGAACAAAACUGUACCGCUCUUUGAGACCUGGUAACCUAGGCUUGAAAUAAUUGACUUCUUCAAAAGGACAAAGAGAAAAAAAAAUACCUCAUGGCUUUUGUUCUCUCUGACAAACUCCUGCCUAGCAUCAGAUGUGCCAGGACAGCGGAUUAGCACAAGAAGCAGCACUGUUUCUAGCUGACAGGGCAAGACCCUAGGAUUCUGGACCUUGACUGGAGAAGGUCCUGCUGAAGAGAAUGGAGUGUGGUGUGGGGAGUAAAGCUCAAUGGGUUUUAGUGUCUCUGCCCUCUCACCUCCUGGUCUCCUUAGCUGUUGUAGGAAAAGAUGCAAGAUGCAAGAUGGGAAUGUACCAUUUAUCCCGAAGCACAGUAAAAGCAGUGAUGGAGGGGAACCAGGGGCAGGAGGAGUUGCUGGAGCCUGGGAACUCCUGAUAGCAAGCAGGAAGUGUAAAAAAUGAGAACCAGUCAGCAGUUCUGCAGGGGCAAGGUUCUGGGAGGAGCGGCUUAGGUUUGAGCCGGUGCAGGCUUCACACAUCUCUCCUCAUUGGAUGUUCAGUAGCUUUCAUGGGACCAGCAGUUCUUUGUGCACAGUGUUCGAGUUUUGAGGUGUUUUUCCCCCCUCCAAUUCCAUCACCAUAACCUGGGAAACAAAGAUCCAAGAUUCCAUCCCUCAUGCCUCCAUUCUUGGACCCAAAUCUCCAAUGUGGAGAGACAUCUUUUGACGAUGUGGUCCAGCAGUGGGGAGGGAUUACAGAUUCAAUAUUACUCCUUCACCCACCCCACCCAAGCUUCCUCGAGUUAGGGAUGGGGAGAAAAAAAAUCCCUGUAAGUCUCUUGAAAUGAAAAAGAAUUUAUUGUAUGUAAUCAACACUGUGAAGGCUGUUUUGCAGCAAUCUAGCUAUUGUGUGGAUCAUGGCCGAAACGCGGUUGAAUCAAUUUCAUUUAUUUCUUAGGCAGAAAAUAAUGUUAAAAUAUGGGCGUAUUAGGUACUUCUCUUAUUCUCUAACUAGGCUGGUCCUUCAGGAAAAUUUACCUAUGACAGAAAGCCCAAGAAAAGAGGGAGCAAUGGUGAGCUCAGAGAUUGGCUAAAGCAGCCCACCAUUUUCCAGUCUGCAUCUUCAGCAGAACCAGAUUCCAACAAGGAGAGAGCUGUGGUGGACAUGGCUUUGUCCCUCAUGUCCUGAUCUGGAAAGGGACACAUUGAGACUUGCCAGGGCAAUAGAAAGUCAGCCAGCUCGGUAGACUGUGUCUUCUGGGACACAAAAGGAUUCCUAGAAACAGAAUUUUGUUCAAGUCUGCUUGUCCUGGGCCCUGGAAGACUAGCUCUGCCUCCUGCCCCAGCCACUGGACUGCAAGGCCCAGGGAUUGGGGGAUUGGGUUUUGGUUCCGGAAAAACCACCGAUGGCUCCCAAGCUCAAGUUGUCAGUGACACACAUUUUUCCACUUUCACAUUCCUAAGCUGGUUUGCCAGCUCCGAGAGUCAUCCGUUGUCCCCUUUUUAUCCUGUCUGAGGAUGUGGCCUUCAUUUAAAGAUUUGGUUAGACCCUCUGCUCAGGGAAUACCUGGCUAUAUACUACACCCCCCCCUUUUUUUAAUUAGGGGUUGGGGGUUAAAGCUAUGUAGUUUCUUUAAAACUAAAGGUGGUGACAUGAAGAAACUGGGUCCGUGGUGCCCUGGAAUCCUCAUGGGUUGGAGAAAGGAGACCAGUUUGUUCCAGGGGCAGGGUACUUGAACUACAAGUUUUUGGGGUGGGACCAAAACUCAUCAGGCUUCCCUUUGUGACAGUGAAACCAAAAGUGCUUCUUAUGCCCGUCCUCAGCCCCACUCACGGUUCGUCCACCUAACACUCAGCAGUAUUAGCAAGUCCGCAGCCGAGCGGCAGACUCAUGCACCCAAGGCCUCCCGGUCAGUUUCUUCUUUAUUUUUUCCUCACCAAAUGAUUGAUUCAGCAUAACCAAAGACCUCAUCCCUUCACUCCACAGAGGGAAUGGGAAGUUGACUGGGUGAACUUGGGCAGGGGUAGGCAAGGACGGAAGAGAGGAGAAAGGGAAGGCCUGAAGGUCUGUACCUCAGCCGCCAGCUACCUUCAUUUUGAAGUCCAUCUGGCCAGCUCUUGUUCCAUCUGCCCUGUGCCGCUGUGGGUGAUGGGGAUGUGGCUGCCCUGGAAUACACCCACCCGACCCCACCCCACCCCAUGUCUCCCCCAGGCUGCUGAUUAGUAAAUCACGAGUCAAGCAUAGCCAAACUUGACGCUCAUUAGCUCUCAGUGAACCUGACUGAGGACUGCCCAGCUCCUCUGACAGAUCAUGUAGAUAAAGUAAAAAUCUUAGCUGGUGAAUCAAUGUGUACAAAAGAGGUAUCCCCUUUAUAAUAAGAUUUCCAAGUAUAUAUAUAUCUAUACAGUUGCUUGUGAAAUAUACUUUUGUAAAUAAUAUUUAAUUUUUUAAAUAAUAUAUUUGGUGCUGUAUUCUCAGAUUCCCUGAGAGCACGUUUAUUUUCAAUUCUGUAGCUUCCUCUGUGUUUCUUGGAGUAUAUUUUAAGGGAAAAAAUAAUCAUCAAGAUACGUUUUUUCUUUAAGGAUCUGUCACUAUAAAAUGAAUUGAGGCUUUAAAACAUUUUUGCAGUUUUGUUUCCAUUUUUUACCCAGCAGAACAGACUAGUAAAGUACCAGGUUGUGAAUUGAUUGAUACUUUCUUGCCCAGUAUUGGCUAGAAAAGAAACAAGCUUAGUAGUAACAACUUAAGAGUAAUUACUAUAGUUGGGAGACCUUCCAAGAAAUUGGAAUAGACUGUGUGUGUGUGUGUGUGUGUGUGUUUCAUUUUUCUGUUUCCUAAUGACACUAUGAACUACAGUUUACACCCUGGGCACAGAGUUUUCCCUCUCUGGUUUCCAUGUGUGAGUGGACCAAGAGCCCAAAGCAAGAGUUUCUUUCCCUGAAUGGGGAGCUGUGGCCAGUUCUUCCUCUAUGUGUUCAGCUUCUACAGCCUGUGAAGCGAUUCUGUGAAGAUAGCCAGAGUGAAGUCUGCGCUUCUGAGACGGGAGCAGAUCAGCUUGGCAUCCCAGGGCUCUGGGUGGUCUAGAAGCCAUGUCAUAUUAGAUGUUAUCUGGUUAAAAGGAAAGUAACAACAAAACAAAAUAGCUUUUUUUUCUUUUAAAGGUUAGAUCGCUUGAGGUUCAGGCAGAGGCUGGUAAAUCAAAUGUUGAACACAACUUUUAUAUUAAAAAAAUCUGCCUCAAUGGAAAUGCUAGUUCUCUGACUGGGAAAGAUUGUCUUUUAAAUCGUGAUUGAUUAAUAAAAAUUACUAUAUAGUCAUGAAAUGUACCACAAAGCCGUUGCCCCCCUGGGAUUGGAUCUGUCCAGUAUCUUACAGUGGUCUGGGAACAGGGAUCAGCUUCCUUUUCCCAGCUGGCCCAGACUGUGCAUCAUGGAUCUGUCUGUCUGUCUGUCUGUGUUUACAAACUGUAUUUGUUGGGGGUUCAGAAUUGCUUUUUUCUUUUUUCUUUCUUUUGUUGUUUGUUCCUUUCUUGGGUGGGAAUUUUUUUCCCAGGUCACUUUGCUUCAAUAACAAAGGCAAUUGUUUUUGAAUAAUUUGUCUUCACCUCCUUCCGGUAUUUGUACAUAAUGAUUCAGUAUUAGUAAGAAGUGCGUUAUUUCUGUCAUUGCUGAUCUGUGUUGGUGCUCAUUUGAGAAAAUAAAGUUUUCAAAUACUAA